AUUAUGAGUUGUAUGCUCUUUAGAUUCAUUAAGAUUCGUUCUAUUUUUCUAUUUAAACCCCCUCCUUGAUAUCCGCACCAAACACAUUUUGUUAUUUUCUUACCAAUGUCUUUUACUAUUCGCACCUUCUUCUUAUUUUCUCUUCUCCUUCUUCUCUUCUUCUUCCUCUCUGUUUCCGCCCACAGUGGCCACGACGAUGACGCCGAUGCCGAUGCAGACUCCGGCUCCGAAGCUCACCCCGACCUCCGUUCAAAAUCCUUAAUCCUCGCAAAGGUUUGGUGUUUAAUCGUGAUCUUCUUGGCCACUUUCAUUGCCGGUGUAUCUCCUUACGUAUUGAGAUGGAACGAAGGUUUUUUGAUUCUGGGGACACAGUUUGCCGGUGGAGUGUUUUUGGGAACUGCUCUGAUGCAUUUUCUGAGUGAUGCAAACGAGACGUUUGGUGAUUUGACUGAUAAAGAAUACCCUUUCGCUUUCAUGUUAGCUUGUGCUGGUUAUUUGAUUACUAUGCUUGCUGAUUGUGUUAUUUCUUCGCUUUUGGAGAAGCCUCGUGGUGGUGGCGCUGACGUUGAAGGUCAAGGGGCAGAAAAAGGAGACAAUGGUGUUACUUCUCAGUCACAAUAUCAGGGUUCUGCUGGCACCAACGAUCGCGAUCAUGCAUCUGCUAGUUCAAUUGAAGAUACCGUAUACAUAUUCAUUUACGUAUACAUAAUCGCCCUUUGUGCUCAUUCUGUUUUCGAGGGAUUAGCAAUCGGAGUUUCCAAGACAAGAGCAGAUGCUUGGAAAGCUUUAUGGACAAUCUGUUUGCACAAGAUAUUUGCAGCGAUUGCGAUGGGCAUCGCGCUCCUUAGAAUGGUUCCUAAUCGGCCUCUACUAUCAUGCGCAGCCUAUGCUUUCGCCUUCGCAAUCUCUAGUCCAAUUGGUGUGGCCAUUGGGAUUGUGUUAGAUUCCACAACACAGGGUAAUGUGGCUGAUUGGAUUUUCGCUAUAUCUAUGGGCUUAGCUUGCGGCGUGUUUAUUUAUGUUUCGAUAAACCAUCUAUUUUCAAAAGGUUAUGUGGCUCACAAGCAUACAAAGGUUGAUUCACCGUAUAUGAAGUUUCUUGCAGUGUCGUUCGGAAUAGGAGUUAUAGCUGUUGUUAUGAUAUGGGAUACUUAAGAUUCUUCAGAAACAAGAGACGGAAUCGUCAUGAUAAUAGAUUGAUUCUACGAUAAGUUUUCUUAGUCUUUUUGUUUUUAAUUGUUUAUUAUACUUGUGAUUUAAUAUAAACAUCAGCUUUGUAUGAUAGACGGGUAAAUUUGUUUAUAAGGAUGAUUUUUAGUUCAAUAGUAUGUUCAGUUUUGCCUCA